CAGGUGCAGUAGACCAAUGCCUUGCUGCAGCAUCAACUGAUUAUCCAAUAAGGCCGUGGGAGGGAAGCGACCGUCUAUCAAGUCUUUCUUUCCGGAGACUGAUUAACAUCAAUUUGACGUUGAGCCUGGUUGGAGACGGUUCACUCCAGUGUAUUUAACCCAUUGUGGUAACAUCAGCAGUAGACCAAAUGGAUCCAAACAAGCUUCCUGACCUCAGUGGUAUGACAGGCGUUCCUUGGGUGGGACGCGGAAGAGCACUGCAGCCACAGGAGCUGGCUGUAGGACGUAGUAGAGGGCUGCCGCUCUCUACUGAAGGACCUGGUCUGGGACGAGCCAGAGGUUUUCUCACUCCUGGCGAUAUCCCACGAGGACGAGGAGUAGCACUACCUAUUGCUGAACCUGUGGUUGGACUAGCUCGGGGGCUGCUGCUGCAGCCUGAAGAUGGAGUAUUCAGCCGAGCCAGAGAGCUUUCUAUCCGAGCAGCUGAACCAAAGGUAGGGGUGGCAAGAGGUGCCAUCCUGCCAAGUCUGGAGCCACAGCACAGACAGACACUACCACCUCCACCUGAAUCCACAACACCACAUCUCACAGAAGAGACCUCGAAGGUUGACACGCCCACCCAUGGUCAAACAUCAGCACUGGUCUCAAUGUUUCGAGGAAUUGGCAUUGAAUCGUCAAUGACAUCAUGGGGAAGAGGAACACUUCCAGUGGGAAGAGUAGCAGCUGGAGAUUUGGGAGAUGUUAAGUUGCAAGGUGCCCCUUCAGGUCUACUCAGCAGCCCAGAGAGCUGUGGCCAACCUGAAGAAGUUAUGGGCAGAGGGAGCAGUUUCCAUGGCCGAGGUUUGACCCCUAGGACAAUGGUGGGGCAUGGAAGAGCAGCGAUACCUCAGUUUGGAAGAGGACGGACUCUAUCCCCUUCUUUUACUCCAGGUCCUGUCCAUUUUCUUGCUCCAGCCCCUGAGGAACAAGCAGCCUUACAGUCUCAGACUUCCCUCACAGGGACCAUGGCAGCAAUGCCCACCAGUCAAGAAGUGCUGGAGCUUUCUACUGUGGCACCAGCAAAGGUGGAGUUGAAAAUGGAGGCUGUCCGUGAUCCAAUUAAUAAGGCUGGAACAAAAGGAGCUCCUAUAACUAUAGCUUCAAACCACAUCCCGAUUCGAUGCAAGAAUGAAGCUGUUUAUCAAUACCAUGUUACAUUCACUCCAAAUGUUGAAUCGAUGGCAAUGCGUUUUGGCAUGAUGAAAGAUCACCGCUCGACCACAGGGGAAGUGAUAGCUUUUGAUGGCUCCAUACUCUACCUGCCUAUUAAACUGAAGGACGUGGUUCUCAAGAGUUUGAGACAAACUGAUAAUGAAGAAAUAGAAAUUAAAAUCCAAAUGAAGAAGAUUUUGCCACCCAACUCGGAUCUCUGCAUCCCAUUCUACAACGUGGUGCUCAGAAGGGUAAUGAAAGUCAUUGGACUGAAGUUGGUGGGUCGAAAUCACUAUGAUCCAGAAGGCGCAGUCAUUCUGGCAAAACAGGGGCUGCAAGUGUGGCCAGGCUAUUCAACCUGUAUUAAGCGCACAGACGGAGGCCUGUACCUGUGCAUAGAUGUCUCUCACAAAGUCUUGAGGAACGAUUCUGUGCUGAAUGUCAUGAACAUGUUGUAUCAACAGAGCAAAGAGAAUUUCCAAGACGAAUGCACCAAAGAACUCAUCGGCAGCAUUGUCAUCACUCGUUACAACAACCGCACAUACCGCAUUGAUGCUAUUGAGUGGGACAAGUCACCCAAAGACACCUUUACUUUGAUGGAUGGCACUAAAACAACCUUUGUGGAGUAUUACAGCAAGAACUACGGCAUUACAAUCAAAGAGAUGGACCAGCCUCUGCUAAUGCAUCGCCCGAAGGAGAGAGCCAGGCCAGGAGGGAAGCAAAUCAUUACUGGAGAGAUCCUCUUGGUGCCAGAGCUUUCCUUCAUGACAGGAAUCUCUGAGAAAAUGAGGAAGGACUUCAAAACCAUGCAGGAGGUGACUAUGCACAUCAACGUGAGCGGUGAGCAGCACACCAGCUCAAUUAAACAGCUUCUGAAGAACAUCAGCACCAACCCUGAGAGUCAGAAGGAGCUCAGCCGAUGGGGACUGGAGAUCAGCUCACAACUCCUGGUGGUCAAAGGCAGAACUCUACCUGUUGAAACCAUCUGUCUGCAGUCCUCAUCAUUUGCCACAGGUUCUGAUUCAUCCUGGUCCAGAGAGGUUGUCAGGGAUGCUUCAAUCAGCUCUAUCCCACUGAAUAUCUGGGCCGUCUUCUACCCUCGCCGCUGUGCAGAACAGGCAGAAGAGCUGGUUUCAACCUUUAAAAAGGUGGCUGGGCCUAUCGGGGUGCGGCUGGAGCGGCCCGUUCGUGUGGAGCUCAGGGAUGACCGCACUGAGACCUACCUCAAGAGCAUCCACUCUCAGCUCACCAGUGAGCCUAAGAUGCAGCUUGUAGUGUGCAUCAUGGUUGGCAACAGAGACGAUCUCUACAGUGCCAUCAAGAAGCUCUGCUGUGUCAAAAGUCCCAUCCCGUCCCAGGCCAUUAAUGUGCGCACAAUUGCCAAGCCGCAAAAGCUAAGGAGUGUUGCCCAAAAGAUACUCCUGCAGAUGAACAGCAAGUUGGGAGGAGAGCUGUGGACAGUCAGUGUCCCUCUGAAACACUUAAUGGUGGUUGGAGUGGACGUCCACCAUGACACCAGCAAGGUGCAUCAAUCAGUCAUGGGCUUUGUUGCCAGUGUGAACAGUUCACUGACACGCUGGUACUCCAGAGUAACUUUCCAGACACCCAAUGAAGAGCUGAUCAAUGGCUUCAGAAUUUGCUUCCUGGCUGCACUGCAGAAGUACUAUGAGGUGAACCACAACUUGCCAGAGAAGAUUGUGGUGUAUCGUGACGGUGUGUCAGACGGUCAGCUGAGGAUGGUUGAGCAGUACGAGAUCCCACAGCUGAUCAAAUGCUUUGAGACUUUCCCCACCUAUGAGCCCAAGCUGGUCUUCAUUGUGGUCCAAAAGCGCAUCAGCACCACCCUCUACUCCUGCAUGUCCAACAACUUUGGGGCCCCACCUCCAGGAACAGUCCUGGAUCACACGCUGACCCAGAGAGACUGGGUGGACUUCUAUCUGAUGGCACAUCACAUUCGCCAUGGCUGUGGACUUCCGACACACUACAUCUCUCUGUACAACACGGCCAACCUCACACCAGACCAUUUGCAAAGGCUGACGUUCAAGAUGUGCCACCUGUACUGGAACUGGCCGGGUACCAUUCGCGUUCCAGCACCAUGCAAGUAUGCCCACAAACUGGCUUACUUGUCUGGCCAGUACCUGCACUCUGAGCCAGCAAUACAACUCUCCGACAAGCUCUUCUUCCUCUGAGCUGCACCAGUUACUGCCACAGACAUACUGCUGACAACAAAUACUGAUGGAAAAACCUUACUGAAUGACAAUCAACUCAUUUGAACUAAUGAGUGAGUCAUUAUUGACAUGUGGCAGUUCAGACUUUUAAGUUAACUGUAGAUUUCUACUUAGGAUUCCGAUAUUGAUCAGUACUACUGAUGUUUAUGAGAGGGUUGCCUCAGUUCUCACAUCUUGAUAAAAGGGCUGGCUGUGGGAUUCCACCAGGCACAACUGUUUCUUGAUCUGACUGCCAUCUGGUUUUGUUUCAUUCCCCACUGGAAGUGUUCCUGAUAGUUUUAUUUUAUUUAUUUUGUGUCUAUUUUGAUGUCAUAAUCGAGCACAAGUCUGCACAGUCUUUUAUUUUGAAAAUUGAUGCUCUAUGCACUUCACGGGUUUAACUUCCUGCAGUGGACUUGAGCUGCAACUAUUUCUGUGAAUGUAACACUGUUAUUGCAUUACUGCAGUAAAUCCUUGAUGUAUAUCAUAAUGGUAUAAACACGUUUUAUUUCAAGCCUAGUGGGGGAAAAAAUUGGCAAAGUUUAGAGUUUUCAGCGUUUUUGAGCUACUGUUCUUGUUCAUGUUCAGACCUUCCUUUGUGACAGAUUCUGUACUUUAUAAAUCACUUUAUACAACCUGA